GCGUGCGUGGACUGCGUGGGGCUCGCUCGGGCCGUUGAUCGGCCGUUCGCUUCAGGUUCGUGUCGAGUCGGCGGAGUCGUUCUCCGGACGUGUGCUAGUUUGGUGCUGGUUGCGUGUGUCGACCGUUAUUCCGUUUUCGUAUUUGUAAGGUGUAGUAUAAUAAUAUACACACCACCGAAAGCAUCCAACGUGUAUCAAGAGCUUCAUGGUUGAUUUGUUGCGUUCGGUUGUAUGACUUUUCUCGGAUUUUGUAUGUGAAUAAAGCUAUGUUUAGUGAUUUGUGACCAAGUUCGCGGCGCGUUUCGGGAAAACAAAUUUCGUACGGUGGUGGAUAUUUUGUGCGUGAAUGAACGUCUUCAAUCAUCCGCUUGGAUUAAUCAUCAGCACAGCGCCUGUUUUUCGUAUUCGUCGACUGUGCGCGCGAAGCACGGGAAAAACGAACGAGUGAUGAGAAAAGAGAGGUGGAAUAAUGUCACACACUCGCAUAGGAGAGAACGUGAUUAGCGACUUGAACGUUGAAGCAUCCACCUCGUCGGCUGGUGCAAGCUCCAGCGUUGGGUUCAAUGCCGGUGCGACAUACACGUUUCCGGAUGUGGUCGGACGGGCAGUAGAGGUACGCGGACACGCGAGAAGUGCGAGUCAUGGCGAUGGUGCGAGGACGGCUGGAAGCGGCGGCAUUGCCCGCCCCAGUGCACUCAAAUCGGCCCGUGGCCACCAACGUGCUUUCUCUCAGGGGCAGAUCUCUGGCUCGGAGGCAGCAGGGGGGAGUGGGGCAACACGACCUGGACACAGUCGUGUCGGAUCUAAGACGGAUUUUAUCUUACCGCCUGGACACAAGGAAGUCGCUGAGAAUGCCACUGGCAGUGUCUCGAAGGCCUCUGGUAAGGGGCACUCACGGCAGGCAAGUCGCAGUGAGUCCAUCUACACAUUACGACGUUCAGCACCGCCUCCACUCUGGCGUCGUCUGGUCAGCUUCCUCAUGAGACGCACACCGCGUUAUGAGCAAGAGGAACGCUAUCGGAUCGUAGUGCCCAAUCACACUGUGCCACCGAAGACACCUCGGAAAGAACACCCCAACGGCAAGCGACCAGACAACAAGGUGCGCACCACUAAAUACACACUGCUCUCGUUUCUGCCCCGCAACCUGCUGGAACAAUUCCAUCGUGUCGCGAAUCUGUACUUUAUCUUUAUCGUCUUGCUCAAUUGGUUUCCGGCGAUAAACGCCUUUGGCAAGGAGAUAGCAAUGAUACCGGUGAUGUUUGUGCUGGGAGUCACCGCGGUCAAGGAUCUCUUCGAGGAUCGACGACGUCAUGCCAGCGACAAACGGAUAAACAACUCCACGUGUCGAAUAUAUCAAAGUGAACAUGAUCGGUACAAAAAAGUCCUGUGGAAGGAAGUGCGCGUGGGGGAUCUCAUUCAUCUGUCCAACAACGAAGUUGUGCCCGCCGACAUCCUCCUACUGCGCUCGAGUGAUCCGAACGGUUUGUGUUACAUCGAUACGGGUCAUUUGGAUGGGGAGACAAAUCUCAAGCAGCGCAAAGUUGCUAGAGGCUUUACCGAAAUGCAAGAUGUGUUUGAACCGUCCAAGUUCAAAAGCAUUAUCGAAGUGGACGCGCCAACGACCAAGAUCUACCGAUUUCAUGGUGCCAUGAUCCAUUCGUCGGGCGAACGGGUGCCUGUCGGAACGGAGAAUCUGUUGCUGCGCGAAUGCCUUUUGAAAAAUACCGACUUUGUGGAAGGUAUCGUGGUGUAUGCUGGGCAUGAAACGAAAGCGAUGCUCAAUAACGGCGGUCCGCGGUACAAGCGGUCAACGCUCGAGCGCCUUAUGAAUCAGGACGUCAUCUGGUGUGUCAUCAUCCUGUUCGUCUUGUGUCUUCUGGGCGCCAUUGGAUGCAAAGUGUGGUUGAGCGCGCAUCCGAAGCUCGAACUGCCAUUCCGGUCCGAGGACACCAAUGAUACUAGUGAAGCGUUUUUGGCAUUUUGGACAUACAUUAUUAUUUUGCAAAUUAUGAUUCCUUUGUCUUUGUACGUCACACUGGAAAUGUGUAAGAUCAUCCAGGUCUAUCACAUACACAAUAACGUGGAUUUGUACGAUCCUCUCGUCGAUAAACGCCUCGAAUGUCGAGCAUUGAAUAUCACUGAAGAAUUGGGACAGAUACAGUACAUUUUCUCGGAUAAGACGGGCACGCUCACCGAGAACCGCAUGAUAUUCCGCCAUUGCACUAUCGCUGGUAUUGAUUACAACCAUCCGCACAUGCAGGACGAUAGCAAAAGCAAGAAUACCUUGACAGUGCUUGCCAAUCCGAAAUUAGCGAUGGAUCUCAAUUAUCAGCUGGUACAGGCGGACGCGUCCAUUAACAAGCAGAUUCAUGCCGCCCGGGUGCAAGAGUUUCUCGUGUUGCUUGCAGUGUGCAAUACGGUUGUGUGUGCGCAUCAUCCGCACCACGAUCUCAUGAAUGCCAGCGGCAUCGUCGAACAGCCGCAAGGGGUGUACGAGGCGUCGCAGUCCAGCGUCAACAUCGUCGAGAUGCCCACUACUCCAAGUGCGCUUUCGGCCAACGAGUACAGCCGGCUGGAGGAAUCGCGCUCAGUGACACCCUCGCCGCCCCUUAACGCACAUCUGCAUCCCGAUCGUAAGCACGUGCCGUCGCUGAGUCCGAUCACCUCAGUUGACUCAUCGCCCACUAGCGAGCUGCCAACAACGAAGACAAUCCGGCCUAAAAUACUCACCAUCCCGUCGCUGAGCUUCCUCGGUGCGAAGCGCAACAAUCUCACCGAUGAACAGAAAUCGAAAGCGUCGCAAUCGUCCACGCCGUCGCCGCAGGACUUGAAGCCCAUAUUCGAAGCUGAAAGCCCCGACGAGUUAGCGUUGGUCGAUGCCGCAUAUACCUACCACUGUAAAUUGCUCAAGCGCACUCCGACCUCGGUUGCUGUCGAAACUGCGCGCACCGGAAAAUUAGAUUAUGAAAUAUUAAAUGUUUUACCCUUCGAUUCGACUAGAAAAUGCAUGUCCGUCAUCAUUAAGCAUCCGAUUACGAAGAAGAUCAUUCUUUACUGCAAGGGCGCCGACACAACAAUUCUGCCCAAUCUGGCAUCAGUCGAGGACGACUCUGAGGCACAGAAAUUGAUUUAUUUGACGCAGCAGCAACUGAACGCCUAUGCCAAGAAAGGUCUGCGCGUUCUGGUAAUGGCCAAACGUACGUUAUCGACGGUGGAAUAUAACGAAUGGCUGCGGAAGCACAACGAAGCGGAGGUGGCGCAGGAAAAUUUAGAAAAACGUUUAAUGGAAAGCUUUGCGGCCAUCGAGUGCCAGCUGACCCUGCUUGGCGCAACUGGCAUUGAGGACCGCCUGCAGGAAGGUGUGCCGGAGACGUUGGCCUCUCUAAUGGCGGCCGGCAUCGUGGUGUGGGUCGUCACCGGGGACAAACCCGAAACUGCCAUUAACAUCGCUUACUCGGCGAAACUCUUCUCCCCGCACAUGGAGCAGCUAAAAAUUAUGGCUCGCAGCAAGGAAGCAGCGGAGACAACCAUUUAUUUCUAUUUGAAUGAAAUUGAAAGACAGAAUCCCGAAGGGAAAGACUCUAACCACAGCAGCGGAAGCCAGAACAAGAACAAAUCGAGAGCACUUAUUGUUGACGGUAAAACGUUGACAUUUAUACUUGACAGGAGGUCGAAUUUGACGAAGCCUUUCCUAAAAUUAACGACUUACUGUAAUUCUGUGCUGUGUUGUCGAACAACCCCGCUGCAGAAGGCCUACAUCGUGAAAGUAGUGAAGGAAGAGUUGAAAAUGCGAACUUUGGCCAUUGGUGAUGGGGCUAACGAUGUCAGCAUGAUACAGACAGCCGAUAUUGGUAUUGGCAUCUCUGGCCAAGAGGGCAUGCAGGCUGUGAUGGCCGCCGACUUUUCAUUGUCGCGUUUUAAAUAUUUGGAGCGUUUCCUGCUCGUGCAUGGUCAUUGGAGUUACGACCGCUUGUCCAACAUGAUAUUGUAUUUUUUUUAUAAAAACGCUGCAUUUGUAUUCUUAAUCUUCUGGUAUCAACUUUAUUGCGGGUUUUCUGGAUCUGUGAUGAUCGACCAAAUGUACCUCAUGUUAUAUAAUUUACUUUUUACCUCUUUGCCGCCAUUAGCGAUCGGUGUCUACGAUCAAGAUGCCCCGGAGCAUAUAUUGCGUGAAAACCCACAUUUGUACGGGCGCGGACGAUUGGGAAAAGUCUACCGAACGAAUUCAUUUCUUCUGACCAUGAUUGACGCCAUCUAUCAGUCACUAACCGUGUUUUUUAUUUGCCAAGGAGUCUAUGCGGAUAGUGAAAUAGAUAUUUUGGAAUAUGGAACGGUCGUGACAACGGCCUGCAUGUUUGUGAUGUUGUUACAUGCAGCGAUUGAAACGCGCUCAUGGACAAUCAUUCAGGUGGCGAGUUUGAUAUUGUCGAUAGGUGCCUUUUACGUUUACUCCGUAUUGUACAAUUCAUUGUGCGUGAGUUGCUUCGGCCUGCCGAGUAAUUAUUGGAUCAUUCAGCAUGCGAUGAGCACCUUAAAUUAUUGGCUAGUAAUACCUUUAAGUUGUGUUCUCGCGCUGCUGCCCAGAUUUUUGUUGCGAAUUCUCCACACGGUGGUUUUCCCCGAUGAUGUGACACGGACGCUGAUGAUGCACCGACGAGCGCUGCGGAGAGGUGAGGGAUUUCUCGUAUCUUGGUCUAGAUCAACUUCGGCGUCAUCAAUCUAUCGAACCACCGAUAACAGGCAUAAGAAUAACACUUUAACGGCGGUUGGGUGAUACAAGUGUGGCAAUUUGAUGAUGGGGGACAUACUCUGUACACCUCUAGAUUGCUUGAGGCAGGCUUCCUUAUGGUAAAGCUGCAUUUUUCAAAGGCUGUGAUGCAAAUUUGUUCGAAAUUUGCUUUUAUCGUUUUAACUUGUGGUAUUUCUAUGUAUUUUAACGAAAGCCAUUUGGUUCUAUUGUCGAACACCGCUUUUUACUGAUGAUUUUGGACACAUUCACAUAUAAUGGAAAUACCGCGUGGGUGUGAACUAGUAUAGUGGGACCAACCUUAUGAAGAAUCUCUCGUCCUCGCCUAUUUCACUUUUAAUAGAAGUGCAUUACCUCCUCUUCUCAAUGUUGUCGUCCUGUUUCGAAGUACUUUUGUAUCAUUUGUUUUGCGUAACACGUGGGUAUUUUGGAUUCGGUAAACAUUAGUAUAGGACAACGUAGAAUGUGCUCAAUUACGACUUGAGUGUACGAUUAAUUAGAGCACGAAUGAGGGACAAUUCAUAGUGACAAAUUUGGAGCAUACUAAAACAAGACAAAGCUGGAGCAUAUGUGCCAUGAAUUUUUUAAGAAAAAAUUGAACUGAAGCAAACGCACUAAGUUCAUUAGACGUAAAUUAUUUUAUAGUCAUUAGAAUGUCUUGGAACAACAACAAUUGGAGCAUUGAUUACUUGUGUCCAUGAUAGCGACGAAAUCCGACAAUACGAGAAUAAACGAAUAGUUUAAUAGUUAAAUAAUGUGAAAUGUUAAUUAUUCUGAAGGAAAUUUAAAAGGAAAUAUAAAUGACGUCAAAUGAAACAUUUAUUUGUGCAUAAUUCUAUUUUUAUAACAAAUGAUUCAUGAAACAUGGUGAUGUACUUAAGAAUAUACUUACUUAUUGAGUGACAAUUCGAUAUAAUGCAAUAAAAAUAUUAUAGUUACCACAAUGAUUCUAUGCUAAGUUAUUCUUGGCGCAUGAAUUUUUGUCCAAGAUAUCGCUAUUGUUAAUUAAAUAAAAAGUAGAAGCUCUAUUGAUGUACAGAAUCGUAGUCAUAGUUAUUUUUCUUCAGUUGUUUCUUUAUGUUCAUUAAAUUGGUUAGAUUAAAUUGUAUCAGCAUAAGUUAAUUUAUAAUUUUAUACAACAGUAACUGUGAAUUGAGCACAGAUUGCAAAUAAGCUAAGAAAAUGACGAAGUGAUAAUUGUUAGUAAGAAGCAAGUGUAAGUGAGCACAACAUAUAAUUACAUUUGGAUAGUAGACAAUUUGUAAAUAUCAUAGGAUGUAAAAUGAAUAUGUGCAAAUCAGCAAGACUAGUAUGUUCCUUUAAUUUAUUAUAUUAUUACAAGUAAUGUCAGAUACAAUUAGUUAAUAACUUGCCAAACAGAAAUAAAGUUACUGUUGCAAUCAGCCAAAUGAUGGCUCAUUUAUUUUUAAAUGCGAUUAUGUUUGAGAAGAAAGCACAGACCCAAAAUAUAUGUUAAUAAUGUGGUAAUAAAUGAAGUCAAUUGUUGUCGUGAUCACCAUAAAAAUUAAAGAGAAAAUAUGUGAAAUAUGCCUUAUUAAAUCAAAUGAAAGUACGACUUACGAAGAACGCAUUAGAACCAAGCCUAUGAAUUGGAUAUGACUAUGAUGCAUAAAUUUUAGCUAACAGUUACUGCUAAAUGCUGUUGGGAAAUUAAUGAAACAUGACUAAUAUCAGACAGUGUGAUUUUAAAUGUUAUGUUUAUAUCAAAGUAUAAAUACUUGUUAAUUAUUAAAAAUAUACAGAUGAUUCACGCAUA